GACAAGUUACACAUCAAUUUCUCAUUGUUUUCGUUCAAGCCUUCCCCUCCCAGUCUCACUCCUUCACGUAAACUGCUACAUACUUUGAAACUUAACUUAUCCAAAGGAAAACCAAUGGGGAGAACACCUUGCUGUGACAAAAGUGGCCUCAAGAAAGGUCCCUGGACUCCCGAGGAAGAUCUUAAGCUUACUAACUAUAUUCAGGUUCAUGGACCAGGAAACUGGCGUACUCUCCCUAAGAAUGCCGGUCUCCAAAGAUGUGGGAAGAGUUGCCGUCUCAGAUGGACGAACUACCUUAGACCUGAUAUCAGGAGAGGAAGGUUCUCAUUUGAAGAAGAAGAAACUAUAAUUCAACUACACGGUAUCUUGGGGAACAAGUGGUCGGCUAUUGCGGGUCAAUUGCCAGGAAGGACCGAUAAUGAAAUUAAGAAUUACUGGAACACCCAUAUCAGGAAAAGGCUUCUAAGGAAUGGGAUCGAUCCAGUGACACAUGCUCCACGUCUUGAUUUGCUUGACCUUUCUUCCAUUAUCAGCUCAACUUUGUGCAACCAAUCUCUUCUCAAUGUGUCAAACUUGUUAGGUACACAAGCUCUCCUAAAUCCCCAACUGCUCAGCCUAGCAAACACCCUCUUGUCUCUAAAACAAGAAAACCCAGAAAUGCUGAUGCAAUAUCUCCAACAAAACCAACUAAAUCUAGACCCCUCGUUACAAGCUCCCAUUCAAACUGCUUCAGCUUGCACCACCACAUCCACCGUCCCUUGUUGUACUUCGAUGCUAAGCCAAACAGGACUCAUACAAGCCUCCGGAGAAGGCUUUUUCUCUUCCGAUAUGACGAACUUCAGCUACCCAAAUUCCCAAGAAAUUUUGACAACUUCCACUUUAACCAAUGAAUUUGCUGCGCAACCACAUUACGUGCAGUGCAGCACAAAUCCUACAGUUCCCAUUCUGUCUGAAACUUCCAAUUUCCAAUCAGUGGAUGGCAGCUUUGAUUCGGUGAGGUCGUCGGCGAUAUCAAGUCCAACGCCUUUGAACUCAUCAUCUACAUUCGUGAACAGCAGCAGUACCGAUGACGAGAGAGAAAGCUUUAGCAGCUUGCUUAAGUUUGAAAUACCGGAGGGCUUGGAUAUCAAUGAUUUUAUGUAAAUAAUUUACAGCUUAUAGUUUGGUUUGGACUUGUAAACUAAAUGCACCAUCAUUCUUAAUGGUUUUUGUUUAUUCUUUAAAA